CAAACAGCAAGAUGUUCAACCUGCAGCAGUACCUCAGGAAGCAGCAGACUGCUGAGUCCUGUGCAUCAGCUGUCUCCGUGCCACCAUCUAACACUCUAGUGAUGGAGGAAGACGAGGAGCUGGAGAGGGGGAUGCUGAAUUUAUCACCGUCCAAAUUUGACGCUGAACUAAGACCACCAGCAGCAGUACCCAGAGCCACAGCGGUGCCCCCACCAAAAGGUUUCCUCAUCAGUGUGGACGGAGGAUUCGGUUUUCACCAGAAUUCACCUGCCAUUACUUUUUUCUGUCAACUAGUUUGUUGUUUUGGCCGUGUUCUGGCCUGUUCUGAUGUGUGUGUUCUUUUUCUCUCCCACUAACUUAAAGAAACAUGUCGACGAUGAUGCACACAGGACGAAGCCAACAGCUACUGCUGUCUCUGGACCUGCAGAGCCUCCUGGCAAUAGAUUUUCUUCUGUGAAAGACACAGCGAAGGCUCCGUUGCCAGUCCCUCCUCAGCUGCUUGCCAUUGCACCACAGCUCGGGGUUGGAGAUCAGGAGCCCAAUGUGUUGGGACAAGCGCACAGAAAACCAGUCUCCCGCCGUUCUUCGGAGUCUGGACUCAUAACUACUCCAUCUCCUCCUGAAGAUUCCUCAUCACAGAUUAUCACCCCUGUGGAGGCACAUAGAAGCAUCAUCCUUGAUGAAGCUCUUCCAUGUCCAGCGCCUCACAUCAGGCAGCCUGCGCCCUCUGUCCCAGCAUAUGAUCAGGAUGUUGCACAGUGGAACUGCUCCCACCAACAAAAAACAUGGAUGAAGACUGAAAUGGAGGCAUUGGGUCUGUGGCCAGGGUCACGUCCAGUACGUCGCCCCAUGAACAUGCUGGCCCUAUGGCGUUACCCACCUCAGCCUGAGCUCAUUGACUCCAUCACAGAGCUGCCACCGGUCAAGUUCUUUCAGCUUCAUCCUUUUUUCAUUUGGAAGCCAGAGCACACAAUCAUGGAGAGGAUGAAAAACAAUUACAUCCUGCCCUGCCUUCAUGGUUGUCCCACCCCUCAGGUAGCGUCUUCAGGCGUUGGGAGGCCAAGAGUCAUCAUCGGCACCGGCGGUCAGUACUACAUAUUGGCCUCACGUCUCACGUGCAAGGCCUGUAAGAGGUACUGGCAUGCUGACAAGCCCCAGUGGUUGGAGAAGCUACCAAAGCGCUUCAGCAACAUUGUCCCAGCCUUCCUGACGCACAAAAAGGCCAUCUGCAAAUCGGUGAUGGACGAGCUGAGGCGCAGUGGCAAAUCACCAGAGGACAUGGCCAAGCAGUUGACAGAGGUGCUUCAUCUGAAGUAUGAGAGAGCUCAUCUGGCCUACCUGCUAAGUGUCCAGAACAUCAGGGAUGCUGAGGCAGGGGUUUAUGGCCAGAGCACCAUCACUGGGCUGCUCAGACAGAUGGACACUCCUGCUCCAUUUGGCGGCUACUCGGAUGCUGAUGGCUGGUGUGGAGUGUCUGUGUCUUCACACUAUCUUGUGAACUGCCUGGGCCAUGAGUACCAGAGGCAGAAGGAGCUCCUCACCCUGCUGCUCCAGGGGACCUUUGGACGGGCACUCAGGUCGGAUCACACCCGCAAGGUAGCUAGGAAGGUUGUGCUGUCAUCCGGCACAAUGUCUUCCUAUGCAAUCAUGAAUGAGAACUGGAUGAUCCUGAGCUGGGUGAUGCUGCAGUCCGAGUGCGACCGCUCACUCCAGCCGAUGUAUGAGGGCCUGGCUCAGCGCUACACUGCAGCUGGAGUGGAGAAGGCAGGCUACCAGUGGGUGGACAGGGACUGCUGUGCUGCCUUCAAGGUCCUGGAUCCUGGGGCUCAGGACCACCUUCUGUGGGACUGCUGGAGGACCACAGAGGCCAUCAUUACACAGGCCACUUCGGGAAACCUGGAAAACACCUGUGCAUCAAGGAGCAAGUUUAAUAAGGACAUAACUGUCAAAUUAGACUUGUUUCAUUGUAUGCGCCGCUUUACCAGGGAGUGCGUCUCAGAACACCAUCCUCUGUUCAGUUCUUUUUGCCAGUUCCUCUCUGCAGCAUUCGUCAUUGUGGACCAGAGCGACCUCCAGAAGCUCAAGGAUGCGUACACCUUCUGUGGGAUCUCUCCUGCUAAUCCCACCAAGCAGCACAUAAGAGAACACUGCAGGACAAAGGUGCCACAGAGCAGGGAACUGCUGCAGAGAGUUGAAGAUGUCCUACAUCACUUCUAUCUGGCAAAGGACACGAGUGACGUACCCCUCUUUAAGGCGUCCAUGCUGAAGGUGUGGAGGAUUCAGCGCAUCCACAUCCUGAGAGGCUGUCUGAGUGACCCUGAGGUUGGUGAGGGAAUCCUCUACAGGUAUGGUGGCACCUUGCAGCUCAACUACACCAAGGGCGAGGGUGCUGCUGUACCUGUCUGGAUCCCUGUGAGAGGCACCUCUCAGCAGGAGGGCUUCCAUUUUCACCAAGCCCAGUGGGUGACAGGCAACCGGGUGUCCUGCGAGCUUUUCCAGGCCCAGGCCAUGACUGGAGUGGUCCGCUGGAACUUUAGAAGACUGGUGGACUUGAAGCAGCCUGAUGUGGAGCUGCCAGCUGUGUUUGACCCCUUGUUGAUCUUUGAGUUGAACAAAUGCUCCUUGAAGGUCACAGGAAAGGCCAAAUACCCAGCUCUGCAGACUUCACUCAGGGACACAGGGGAGAGAUUUGGCUUAGAGUAUGUGGAGCCAGGCUGCCGUCCUGUUCUCUUCAACUGGGACAAGGACAAGGAGACACAGGCGCAGUCCUCUUCCCAGGACGAAGUGUGCCACUCCCCUGCUGCUGUCAUGGACACAGAAGCUCAGGAGACCAGUGGACCUGUCCAGGGGGAUCCAGUGCCGGUCCUGUCUUUCCAGCAGCGCGCAGUGACAGCAAAGAUGCAGUCUUUGAUGGACACAGGCCUUCCAGGGGUAGCACCACUGCCUGUAUCCUCCUCACCUCGGGCCACCCGCACUGGACCCAUCAAGACAGGAGGCCUUGUUCAAGUCCUGGACCAUAGCAGGUGGACAGCACCAAUGAGAGCUGCCAUUGAUGGACUUUUGAUCAAGCAUCAUGGAGCUAAAGGUCUGUUGAAGCGGGUCGAUGCAGAUUAUGCUGCCAUGGUGCAGAGGGCUUGCACUGACCCUAACAGCCUCCUUCAUCCCACCACCUGCCAGCAUAUCUCCAGAUAUGUGAAGCAUCUAGCAAAACUUAAAAACACCAGCUCCUCCCUCAAUACAAGCCCAGAAAAGGUUGUGGAGACACAGCAGCUUUGGCAGAGUUUGACCACAGGCAGCCAAACAGUAAGUGUGCCUGUCACAACCUUGCCUCCUGCAACAGUCAACCCUCCUCACGUUGCUCCCUCCCAGGAGGUGUCACUGAGCCGUGCAUCACUGGAGAAGAUUGUCUUCAAGACCUACGCACAUGAAGGCCUUACAAACGAAAGGAUGUCCUUUGAGGAUUUUGCUGCCUCUCCAUUUUUUGAGCGGGAGCUGGAGGCUGCCAGAAAGAGGGGUGCAGAGUGGAGAAGGGUGGCAGAGGAGAGGGCCAAGAGGAAGGCUGAUGUAAAGCUGCCAACUGGUCGCCUUUGCAGGUCCUGCCACCAGCCACUCAGGCAGGGUCUCGGCAGCCCUCACAUUCACACCUCCUUCCCCGGUGUGCCAGGGAAGUACAUAUACUGUCCCUCGAGAGUGUACUCUUUAUAUAAGGAGGAGGGCAUGGUGGAGGAGAUGAGUUGGGGAGACUUCCAGCAGUCCCACUUCUUCGAGGCUGAAAGGGACAGAUGGAUAAAAGAAAAGAGGAAGUGA